GGCGCUUCACUUCUUUUGAUGCUGAAGCACUAUCUCACUAAGGAUGUGUUCCAAGCUGGAAUUGAGGUAUACUUGCAUAAUCACAACUAUGGAUGUGCCCAGAGUGAUGACUUGUGGGACAGCAUGAAUGAGAUUACCAAUGGAACACUAGAUGUAAAAAAGUUGAUGAAAACUUGGAUCCUACAGAAAGGAUUUCCUUUAGUCACUGUUGUCCGAAAGGGAAGGAUUAUUUCCGUAAAACAAGAGAAAUAUUUGUAUCACUUGGAACCAGAAAACUGGACAUCAGAUGCAAGUUAUCUGUGGCAUAUUCCUCUCACCUACAUAACUAGUAACUGCAACUUUACCCAUUGUACUAAUGCAUAUUUAUUGGACCAGAAGUCAGCUGUCAUUGAACUUCCAGAAGAGGUGGAAUGGAUAAAAUUCAAUGUGGACAUGAAUGGCUAUUACAUAGUACACUAUGGUGAAGACUGGAAAACACUGAUUGAUCUUUUGAAAAAAAACCAUACUGCUUUGAGCCCUAAAGAUAGAGCCAAUUUAAUCAACAACAUCUUCAACCUUGCAGGUCUAGGAAAAGAGUCUCUGGAAAAGGCCUUUGAGCUGAUUGAUUACCUUAACAAAGAGAGCAGCACUGCACCACUCACUCAAGCUUUGUUUCAGCUGAGUCUUAUAUACAGCCUUUUAGAGAAAAAGGGUGAACAACAACUGGCAGCACGCCUCAUGCACAGAAUAGAGCGCCUUUUUGGAGAGAAAAUUGAUCAACAGAGUUGGACAGAUGAUGGGGCCCUGUCUGAACGAGAGCUCCGGUCAACACUGCUAGCUUUUGCCUGCACCCAUGAUAUAAGAAACUGUAGAACAACUGCUACAGAGAUGUUUGAGAAGUGGGUGAACUCUAGUGGAACAAUGAGUCUGCCUAGUGAUGUUAUGAAAGCCAUAUUUACAGCUGGAGCCAAAUCUAGUGAUGGCUGGGACUUCCUCCUAAAGAUGUACUCCUCUUCAGUUUCUGAAGCAGAGAAAAGUAAAAUGAUUGAAGCCUUGGCCAGCACAGAAGAUGUCAGAAAGCUAAUCUGGUUAAUGCAGAACAGCCUUGAAGGAGAAGUCAUCACGACACAGGAGCUUUCACACAUCAUAGCAAUUGUUAGCCAGAGUUUACCUGGACAUUUGUUGGCUUGGGACUUUGUCAAAGAGAACUGGGAGAAGCUUACACGAAAGUUUCACCUAGGUUCCUAUACUAUCCAGAAUAUCAUUAGCUGGUCAACUUCUCAGUUUGCAACAAAGGCACACCUGAUUGAGGUGAAGUCAUUUUUUGAGUCAAAAUCGGAGCAAAGUUCUCAACUGCAUUCUGUAAAAGAGGCAAUCGACACAAUUCAGCUCAAUAUCCAGUGGAUGGAGAGGAACUUAGCAAUGCUACAAGAACUACUGUAG